UGGCCAGUGGAUGUAGCUGGGCCCCGUUUCGCGUCUGCUGGUGUCCGUGCCGGGGCGGGCGGCCGCGGACCCGCCUGUGAAGCGCCGCGCUCUCUCCCCGCCUUCCCCCUGGGCAAGGCGGGCCCGGCCGCGCCGCGCCAUGGCCCUGGGCUGGCUCGGCCGUCUCUGCCUGCUGCUGCUCUGCCUCUGCGGGGAGGCCGCCGCGGGGAGGGACUUCUACAAGAUCCUAGGGGUGUCCCGCGGCGCCUCCAUCAAGGACAUCAAGAAAGCGUACCGGAAACUGGCGCUGCAGCUCCAUCCCGACAGGAACCCCGAUGACCCCCGGGCGCAGGAGAAGUUCCAGGACCUGGGGGCUGCCUAUGAGGUGCUGUCAGAUGAGGAGAAGAGGAAGCAGUAUGAUGCAUAUGGUGAGGAGGGAUUGAAGGAUGGGCACCAGAGCUCUCAUGGAGACAUAUUCUCACACUUCUUUGGGGACUUUGGAUUCAUGUUUGGAGGUAACCCUCGCCAACAAGACAGGAAUAUUCCCCGAGGAAGUGACAUAAUUGUGGACCUGGAGGUUACACUUGAGGAGGUGUAUUCAGGAAACUUCGUAGAAGUUGUCAGGAACAAGCCAGUGGCAAGACAGGCACCUGGCAAACGGAAAUGCAAUUGCCGGCAGGAGAUGAGGACCACCCAGUUGGGUCCUGGGCGUUUCCAAAUGACUCAAGAAGUCGUUUGUGAUGAAUGUCCAAAUGUCAAGCUUGUGAAUGAGGAGCGAACGCUGGAAGUGGAGAUAGAGCCAGGUGUGAGGGAUGGUAUGGAGUAUCCCUUCAUUGGUGAAGGUGAGCCCCAUGUGGAUGGGGAGCCAGGUGAUUUACGCUUCCGAAUAAAAGUCCUUAAGCACCCAGUCUUUGAAAGAAGAGGAGAUGACCUGUAUACAAAUGUGACAAUCUCGCUGGUCGAGGCACUUACAGGCUUUGAAAUGGAUAUCGCCCACUUGGAUGGACACAAGGUUCACAUUGCUCGGGAUAAAAUUACGAAAUCUGGGGCCAAACUGUGGAAGAAAGGAGAAGGUCUUCCAAAUUUUGAUAACAAUAAUAUCAAAGGCUCACUAAUAAUAACGUUUGAUGUGGAGUUCCCCAAAGAGCAGCUGACAAAUGAGCAGCGGGAAGGUCUCAAACAGUUGCUGAAACAAGGAUCGGUGCAGAAGGUGUACAAUGGAUUGCAGGGAUAUUGAUGUGUGGAAAAAUGGGACUUACCUGACAACAGAAAGUCAAAUUUGUUUGCAGUCUUUUCUCCUGCCCACUGUAGAAUGGAAAAGAGGGAGGGUGGGACAAUUGUUGAGGUAUAUAUAAUUCUUUUUCUUUGUCAAUGGUGGAAGUGCUCAGAUGAGUUGGGAGAAAUGCUACCCUUUUCAGGAUGUAACUGGUGCUGCCUAUCAUGUUCCAUGUCCUGGAACAGCAGAGACUCCUUGAGCAGAGGAUUAAAAAAAAAAGGUGGAGAAAGGAGUUUUAAAUUCCACACAGAUUGGAAUUUCUGGUUUUUAAAUAUAUUUUGAUGUGACUUUU